UUGGUAUUCUAAAGUUGUAGUCCACUUGAACGUGUCGCACAAUCCCAUCGCUCUCUCAUCAAAUGAUAAAAUAUUAACAUCUGCAUUCUAUUCUCCAAUUCCUUCCUUCAUUUUCGCCCAAUUUCUCAAAUUUUGGCGCAAUUUUCCACCCUUUUUACCCACCAAAUAACUACUACCUUAUAAUUUUCCGGACAAAAUUCUCCAAACCCCAAAUUCUAGGGUUUUCAUAGUACUAUUGUAAUCCAGUUUUUUUCCUUUUGAAACAUUUACCUUUAGGUUUGGAUUCUGAAUUUUGAUCACAAUUCGAAUAAAUAAGAGAAAGAGAUGAGCUUUCAAGAUCUAGAAUCGGGUCGAUCAUUGGGUUCCCGUCGUGGCUAUGUGAAUGGGAAGCAAGACCCGACCCAAGCCUUGGCCUCAGGAAUAUUCCAGAUAAACACCGCCGUCUCCACGUUUCAGAGGCUGGUUAAUACCUUAGGUACACCUAAGGAUACCCCCGAAUUACGCGACAAGUUGCACAAAACAAGGCUGCAUAUUGGGCAAUUAGUGAAAGAUACAUCUGCAAAACUUAAACAAGCCAGCGAAACAGAUCAUCGAGUUGAAGUCAGUGCUAGCAAGAAAAUUACAGAUGCUAAACUUGCUAAAGAUUUUCAAGCUGUAUUAAAGGAGUUUCAGAAAGCUCAACGCCUUGCAGCUGAGAGGGAGACAGCAUAUACACCUUUUGUUCCCCAAGCAGUUCAACCUUCUAUUUACACAGACGGUGAGAUAGAUGUUACUUCAGAUAAAGGUCCAGAACAGCAAGCUCUCCUGGAUUCUAGAAGACAGGAGGUUUUGCUUUUGGACAAUGAAAUUUCCUUUAAUGAAGCUAUUAUAGAGGAGCGGGAGCAGGGAAUACAAGAAGUACAACAACAGAUAGGUGAAGUGAAUGAGAUUUUUAAGGAUCUUGCUGUGCUUGUUCACGAGCAAGGAGCCAUGAUCGAUGAUAUUGGUUCCAACAUUGAGAAUUCUCAUGCUGCAACUGCACAAGGGAGAUCACAACUUGCUAAAGCUGCAAAGACCCAAAGAUCAAAUUCAUCUCUGACCUGCUUACUCCUGGUGAUUUUCGGAAUCGUGCUCCUUAUUGUUAUCAUAGUACUUGCAGCCUGACUUGAAGAUUUUGAGAUAUAGAAAAGGAUACUAAACUAUGUUCAGCAGUGGAGUGAUCUUUGUGACUCAAGUUGUUUUUGCAGGCAUACCUGUGUUCAAUUGUGCUGCCUCGAAUCUUUGGUCAUACGGAAAGUUUACUGUCAAACGAAGUGUUGUUUGCUCUGGGCGAGGGGGUAGCAGGGUUUGUGUUCAAUAUUGUAAAUUUGGUGCUUGGUGUGUUGCUGCCUUGUAAUGGCACUAUGGCAGGUGUGUCAAUAAAAAUUGAUUCUUUGGAGGGUCUGUUUUUCUACUUGCAGUCUAUUAUUUGACACAAGCAUAUGACAUUUUAUUCUUUAUGAUGCUAGUAUGGUGAAUAGAUAGUUUGUCUUGUUUGUUUUU